AUGGAUAACUAUCACUUGCAUGUCAUAGCUGUGGUCCUUUACUUUCAUCUUCCUGGAUCAGUGGGAGCCAAGUCCCAGCGGAUCCUUCCUGCUACACAUCGCCGUUCAGAGUGCCGGUGGGAUGGGCAGCUCUUGCUCAAUUGCUCUUUUACCAGAAUGUCUACUGUUCCAGAAGAUACAUCACAAACAGCACUAACAGCUGAUUUGAGUUACAAUAAUAUUAAAACUUUUGAGUGCUCUGAUGGAAGAAAUGAAGAGUGGAUGCUAAAACACCUGAAUCUCAGUAACAACCUGAUUUCUGAACUCACCUUAACUACUUGUACAAAUUUACCCAAUUUAGAAACUCUAAACCUCAGUGGUAAUGCCAUCCACACCCUCACACUGGAAAUGCCUGCACCUGCACACGGGUCCAAAAACUACAGCAUGGUUGAUCAUCUCCUGCCUGCUUUGAAAGUAUUGUCACUUGAAAGAAAUAAUCUUAAUACGGUUCCAAGAGGGCUAGGCCUCCUGCAGUCUUUACAAACUGUCCAUAUGUCAUCCAAUGCCAUAGAACAGAUUGACCCAAAGGAUUUUCAGAACUGCUCACAGCUGAAGGACAUUGACCUGCGAAAUAACAAGAUAACUAAAAUUCAUCCAGAUGCCUUCAGAGAUCUCAACAAAUUACAGGUCGUGGAUCUCCGUGAAAAUGCUCUGACAAUCCCUCUACCACAGAUACUAGUCAGUUUGAACUUUUUUCAACUGGAAGUGUAUUUCUCAAAGAAUGCCUGGAUAUUUAACUGCAGGCUAAAUGCUUUUAAAGAAUUCUUUCAUUUUGUCUUUGACUCCACAAGGCAGAAAUGGAGCCUUUCCUACAAUAAGUCUGCCAACAACCCUCAGAAACCUCUCCUGUAUCUUUCAAGUUUCCAUUUAAACUGCAGGGACAAUGUUUUGCUCAAAAGGGCUACAAUCCCAACAGGGAACACAUCAGUGCUGACCUGUAACUUGGACAACAUAAGGGGCAAUGGAGUCUCUUGGUGGACACCUAAGGGCAGAAUUUCCAAAACGCACAGUCUUCCUCAUAUGACACUGGAUAAAAUGAAUAAUUUAGUGAUAUACAAUGCUGAUAAAACUGCUGAAGGAUUAUAUUUGUGUCUUUUUAAUACAACAAAAGAGAAAUAUCUGAUUUACAAUAUAGAGGUGAAAGAAGGAGUGUCAGCAUUUUUGGUUAGAAAAACCAGGGACACCCUUUUUAGAGAGAAAAAUACAGAGCCAAACUUUGCACUGGCUGUCUCACUCUCUGUGGUCAUUACAUUUGUUUGUGCUUUUUGUCUGGGUGCUUUUGCUAGACCCUACCUGGAGAGGCUGUGGAGACUCAUGCGCAGGAACAAAAAUUCAGGUUCAGAACACACGUAUUCUAACCAAGCUUUUUCAGAUGAAACCUUGAGCAGAGACUCUUCUGCAAGCAAGCCAACAAAUAUGCAGCGUAAUACGUUCAAUUGUGAUAAGAAUUCUUUAAGAAACACAUGGACUUUCCCUACAGAAGCUUCUACUGUGUAUGAAAAUGUCACUGGCAGUGGUGUACAUUCACCAAAUCCCAAAGCAGAGUACAAGAAACAAAGCAAUACUGAGAUGAACAUGAAGAAAAUGCCAGUGUUUUCAAAAGCCCAAACUAGUACUGACAGUAAUGAAAGCAUAAAUGUUUAUGAUACUGGACUGUUUUUUGUAAGGACGGAUUACGAAAACAGCAACGAAAUAACACCAAACAGCAAAGUAAGAAAUAACUCUGGUCUGCUGCACUCUGAGAUCACAAAAGCUACACCAGAUUCUCCAGAAAGAAAAGGUGCUCUUUCACAUAAAAAACCCAGGCACACUAGAAAAUUUAUGCAGGGAAGGCAAAGCUGUGAAGAACAACUUUGUCUAAAUGGCAACAAAAAUAUACCUAGUGAUGUUGGAGAUUUUAUUUCACCCAGUAGCUUCAGAAGAGAUGCAGAUAUUGAGAAGCUAGACAUCUAUGAAACAAUAGACAACUUUCCCACGACAGACCAUGACUGUAAAAGGAUACAUUCAGAUGAAAAAGAUGCUGCAGCUGAUAUAUUUGGUGACAGUUCUUCAGCUGAAGGGACUCCAUUCACAAUGAGUGACUGUAGCUCUUUAGCAGACUUUGAAGUGGAACACCCUGGUGUCAGUGACAACCUGCCAGUGUGUCAGUCACCUCUAGAUGAAGCCAAUACAGACAGUGGAACUGAGAAAUUUGUAACACCACCAGAGUCUCCAAACAAUACUGCUGAACUUCAGCAGACUGGGAAAAAUGAAGAUGAGAACAGUGCCUAUUUUGAAACCACUAUUAAUUAUGGAUCAGACACCACCAUGCAGGAAACAGCAUCCACUUACACCGAUAAAAGCAGUGGCCACGUGACCGUGUCAGAUCCAGAUACAGUUAGUUCUUCAAGUCAAGAAAUUCCAGUUACAUUUGAUUAUUUUACUAAUGCAGAGUCAACAGAAGAAAACUCUAUUUCUGAUUCUCUCCACAAUCAAAGUACAGAUUUUGGUAACAUGGUACUUAAAUUAAAACCUUUUCCCAGAUAUGAGACAGAGAAAACUUCUGAAGAGGAUGAACUGCAGCUUUCUCUGCUUCCCAGAGUACCACAAUAUUCUCCCACCUUCAGUCACACAGAACAAAAAGAAAAUGCACCAGCAGGAAGAAGCACAGAUGAGCACACAGCCAGGAACUCCCCUGAAAAGAAUCAUGGUGAAGCAGACAUUACAUUACAAAGAAACACGAGUACAUCUGAGGACAAAGGCUUUAUUUUUGCUCCCAUUGAUACUAGUUUGAAUGAGGUUGUAAGAAAACCAUCGCUGCUGCAUUCCAGCCAAGAAUCAUCUCUUCAACUGCUGCCUGAACACACAGCUAAGAAACAUUUCAUGUUUGUUACACAGGAAGAUGACUUGCUACCACAAGAGAAGCAGGCUUGUUCAGAUGAAAUGCAAGGAGGUUCUGAUGAGAAAAAUUCUGAUGGAUUCACAGAAUUGCAGGAAAGCAGCAAUCACAGCCUGCCUGAAGAAAAGCAGUCUUGUAGUCCUACAGCAGUUCUGCUGCAUCUUCAUAGUUCUGGGAAAACACAGUCAGAAUUCACAAAAAAUGAUCCCUUCCAACUGGAUCAGAGUGAUGAGGAUGCAUAUUCCUUCUCAAUCCCACAAGGUUUCUUCAAUGAAAGCACACCAUACAGCUCAUGUUCCUUCCCACAAAAGCCUACAGGAAACACAAUCUCUGAAAGCACUGAUUCCAGCAAGAUGAAGGAUCACACUACUUUGUCAGAACUGGAGAACCACUCUGCAAUAACUGGAGAACACUUCCAAAGUUCCAGUGAAAAUCUCAGCCAAAAAAGUCAGACAAAUUCGAGACAGGACCAGUUUUUUGUUAAGAGGAAAAGAGCAUUUGAUGGAUUUGCUAAUAUUUUGCAAAGCAGGAGAACAAACUUCAAUAGCUGA